AUGUUCACAUUCCAACAUGAAUUAAAUGGAUCAAAUACUCAUCAUCUACAGAAUACAUUCGAGAGUGAGGGAUCCCGUAUGGAAUAUCAUCAUCGGGAUUUGCUCAUUCCUUCAGGAUGUCAUCAGGACGUAUCGGAUUCUAUUUACCUCACGAAAAGCUACAUGUGUCGUAUGGUUGAAAUUGUUUGCGAUUUACAUGAAGUCAUAGAAGGAUCCUUGAAAAGAAGUGAACAAGUUCUUGAGCAAGCCUUUAUUGAUUUUGAGCAAGUGGUUUCCACCAUACCUCACUACAACACUAAUCUCCCCUUGGAGUCUGAUAUGAGUGUCUAUUUUGAUCCGAAGAAACUAAAGCAACGAUUGAAUAUUUUGGCGGUAGAGAGGUUGAAGGCUUUGGAACAGAUUCAUACAUCGUUUUUAGCUCCUCUUCUGAAAUUAAUUUCUUCUCAAAAGAAUGGAGAGGAGAACAGUCCUGAACCAAAUCUCAAUCACAACAGCCAUGUACAGCCACCACAAUCAUCUAUCCAGAGUCCUCUCACUUCAAAUUUUUCGAAUAUUUUACAAGUUCCCACAACACCAGUUAAAAACAAUCGACUUUCGACAGUAAAAGAAAAUAGGGAGCUGGUCGCAUUGCAGAAAAUUCUGGAACAUCUCAAAACAAAACUGGACAACGAGAAAAAUCCUUCUCAACAGAACGUAUUGAGAGUGGAUAUCCAAAAGAUUGAAAAAGAGAUAUUUAUGUUGGAGUCAGGAUGUUUUUUAAGCCCAAUUGUAAAGCAGCAACAUAAUAUGUACCACCAUAUUCAAGGAAAGAAGGUUAAACCUUUGUUUUUGGACGAGUAUUCGCCGUCUACAACCCCAUCUAUUCCUCAGAUAGACCUUGAACGGGUUAAUUCAUCUUCUGUAACAUCUAUCAAGAAACAAGAAGGGUCAAGGGAUGUUUGUGAUUCUCAGGAUCAUUCAGGUUACUGGUCGGUGACUUCUUCACUCACUGAGAAAAAUCACCAGGCAGAUUUGAAUUCUCAAUUGUUCGAAAGCAUGAUUUUUGAGGACACCCCAUCGUUGGUUGUAACUGAAAAAGAGAAAGAGCAGCAUUCUUUUAUGAGCACACCACCUGGAGAGAACGCGAUGGCAUCUGAUUCUGACUCUGAUAUGGAACAUCAAGAUUUUCUCACAUCUCAAUUUCUUUCUCCUGGUCGAGGUUCAACUGAAAAGACAACUCCACAGGAACUGAUCAAUGUGACAAUCCCUAAGAAUGCAAAUGAAACCAAGAAAAACAUCAGGACUCCAACCCAUAAACAAAAGCAGCCGGAUGUCACCCCCUCUCCUGUAAGAAAACCACCCACUCCCAAUUUACCUUCAAAGCUACCAUCUCGACCUAAUUCCGCAAAAAGCAAGGCACCAGAGAAGCCCCAGUCUCCAAAGAACAGUACACAAGAAGAACGACACAAACCUCCCAAAUCAUUUAAGCACAUGAAGGAAAAUAUCAAGAUAUUACCUAAUCAUACGGGACUCAGUGAUUCCAUUCGAAUUGGGAUAGGAACGACUGAAAAGAAAAAGGAGAUCAAGCCUUGGUAUUAA